AUGGAGGGACGUUUCAUCGCUUCACGCUCGUUCGUUACAUUAUUCGGAUUUAUUUACCUGUUUACGUGUGUGAGUUCCGAAAAUGCAACAAUUAGAUCUCGGCCCUCAAUACGUCGACUUUUAGUCGUAGGCGACAUCCUAACACCAACUGAGAUGGUGCCAAUCGCCAUUAAGCUAUUACACAAAUUCAAAAGAACAAAGCGAAUUGUUAUUCUCAAAGAAGCAGACAUACUGGGACUUGACGCCCUUCAAGCCUUAGUUUUAAAAGAAAAAGGGAAGUCCAACGGAAUACGAAUAUCUAAAUUCGACUUACUUUCCAAGGCGAUGGAAGACAAGAUUAAAUUCCCUAAUCCUAAAAGGCGUGGCAUACCACUGGCAGAGAAGUUGAGGAAAAAACGUCGCUUGGUAAUAAAAAACCGUCGCAGGAACUUUACGGGGGCAAAUUCGAGCGAUCCCAGAGAAAGACUGCAAUUCCGGAGGGAGCUAACGAGAUUGCCUGAGAUUCAUGAAAACGCUGGAAGAAUUAAAAGUCUCACUGAUUACUUCAAUAGUAUUUUACAAGUAGAAAAUCUA